AUGAUUGUGGUUCGGUUCCCAGUUCACUGCAGCUUUGUGGGUAGAACUGGCCAAAAGAGACACUUUGAGAUAGAGAUCGAGAUCCAGCUGUGCUGUGAAGUUAUGCACAGGACAGUGGAGGAGGUGCCGUGGCAUUCUGGUCAUGAGGAGUACACCAGGGCAAACAGAAAUCGAGAGCGGUAUGAGUUCAAUGUUUUCAAACCAACUGUAAACGGGGACAGGUUAGUCAAGAUGGGAAGCAGGGUUGCGGGAAUCCAUCCAGAAUGCAAGAUAUUCCAACAAGUGAUGAAAGAGGAGGCUCUCUGCUUAGAAAAGAAUGAAUCCAUUUCACCUGAUUUUAAAGGGUGCCCCAGAGACUGGGAUGGUCUAAGCUGCUGGCCCAGAGCCACUUUUGGGGAAGUGAUUAAAGUUCCCUGUCCAGGAUUUUUUGAAGAAAUCACCAAUAUCCAUGGCACCCUUCAAAGAAACUGUACAGAGGAGUCAUAUUGGUCAGAACCAUUCCCACCUUACACCAUUGCAUGUGGUUUUGAUGAAGGUUCCAGCAAAGGCCCUGAGGACGAGAAAUCAUAUUAUUCUGCAUUUUGGCGUGUCUACACUGCUGGCUAUGCAGCAUCAGUGACUUCACUCAUUACAGCUCUAAUUGUCUUUGCUGCCUUCAGAAAAUUCCACUGUACACGGAAUUACAUCCAUAUGCACCUGUUUGUCUCCUUUAUCCUGAGAGCAAUUGCUGUUUUCACCAAAGAUGCUGUUUUGUUUGCUGAUGAAAGCAUGGACCACUGCCUAAUGUCAACGGUUGCUUGUAAGGCUGCUGUGGCAUUCUUUCAGUUCAGCAUUUUAGCCAACUUCUUCUGGCUUCUUAUAGAAGGGAUAUACCUGCAAACACUGCUUUUGCUGACCUUUGUUUCUGAUAAGCAGUAUGUAUGGUGGUUCAUAUUUGCUGGCUGGGGAGCUCCCACUCUUGUGAUGUCUGCUUGGGUCCUCACAAGAAUCCAUCACCAAAAUACAGGAUGUUGGGAUGAUGAUGAAAACGGAGUAGUGUUAUGGAUCAUCAAAGGCCCCAUUCUGCUAACUGUAUUAAUUAACUUUAUUAUAUUUAUUAAUGUGAUCAGAAUUCUAGUCCAUAAAUUGAAAUCUCAAGAGGGAGGAGGGAGCCAUUCAAGCCACUUUGUGAGACUUGCUAAGUCCACAUUACUCUUGAUCCCUCUCUUUGGAGUGCACUAUAUUGUAUUUGCAUUUUUCCCAGAAAGCACUGGUCUGGAAGCUCGACUUUAUAUUGAGCUGGGCUUGGGUUCCUUUCAGGGCUUUGUUGUCGCACUCCUAUAUUGCUUCUCAAAUGCAGAGGUUCAAAGCGAGCUAAAGAAACAACUGUGUAAAUGGCAGUAUCAAGAAUACCUUAACUUCACACACAAACAUGGGACUUUGUCCAGAGAAAACAGUCCAGUCAACUACGUCACUCAGUUAUCACUGCUUGAAAAAAUCAGUCCGAAAAGGAAAAUAUCUGUGUACCAGAAUGGUGUAACUUCUGUCUGAGCUUAUCUAGCAGGCUGAGUUGCUGUGAUGUUGUUACAUACUACCUAAGAGAAGGCGAGUCUGGAUUCGUCAUGGAUUUCCAUAUUGUCAGCAGACUUCUGAGAAUUUCUUGUCCCGAAUGUGAGCUGCUUUUCUCACCUCAUACAGAUCAGUACCACAGCCCUGAUCCUUUCUCUCCUUAAGCACACAAAAUCCACUAAUUUGUAAUAAAAAGCAAAAUAUUCAUCUGGUGUGAAUUAACAGCUUAGCACCCUCUGGGGUGCCCAGCAUAUCAUACUUUUGCUAGUGUUUCCCAGAAUUCCUAGUUCACAAGAGAACUAUUCCUAAUCUUUGUUUGAAACAACUACUUUUAGACACAGUGGCAAAGGUCUGCAGCAAUGAUUAGUGAUUUUUUUACUCAUUGUUCUGAGACAGCUUGGGACAAUUUAAUGGGAAUUACACACCGGAAAGUGCUAGGCACCUACCUAUAGAGCAGCAGCAUCCUUUAAAAGUAGUCUCAAGGCAUCUCAAGAGUGACAUAAAAAAGAAUGGAUAUCAUUAUCUACUUGGUGUUUUUCUUCCAUGUCUGUUGUAAGAAAGAUUAAAUUAGGCCAAAGAACCCCAAGCCCUUUCUUGUUCAUGGAAAGACGUGUUGCUGGAACAGACAAUCUGCCACCAUAAUCUUGAAGGUCAACUGGAUCAGUCAGUGAAAUCCACAAUUAAACUGUACUUUUGAGCUAUUUUAGGGCUUCCUUUUGAGGAUGGACUGAUCUGUUGUGACUGCUCUUAUCUCAGUUCUGUCCAUUGUAUCUCAACUUAUUAUGUAUGUCUCAGGUGAAAGAUGUUUCUGGGGCCAGAAUUAUCAAGGAAGCAGUAUGGUCUAAUAAAGCAGAGUAUGCACCACAGAAUGAAUCAGUCCAGUCCUUGCAUCACUUUUCUGAGGGACCUUACUCUUUCUUCAAGGCUGACUUGGAUUCCACAUCAAACUCUCCAAAAGCAGAGAAAGGGCAUAAAGGGUUCACUAGAUACAGCCAGUUUCUUUCAAGGUAGGACCAUUCCCAGGAGAACCUGCACCCAGACUUGAAAGUGCUGCUAGAAACUGUGACCAUUCAAGUACAACUGUGGGGUUCUGUGAACUGGAAUAUCCACCUAGCUUAAAACAGAAAAAACAAGCAAACAAACAAAACUAGUGCUCAAGUCCCUUGUUUUCCUGUGCUCUCAUUUAAUUGCUUAGGCCAGAGGACAUUGGGCUUUAUGGGAACUUCUUCAGUGAUCUUAGGUGCUUCAUUUCUGGUCCUCUUAUUAAAGCAAACCGAAUUGUCCAGAUUUCUAUUCCUGUCAUUCAGAUCACUCCUUUAUCAAUUAGGCACUCAUGCGCUCUGUCCCAAAGACUCAGAUGUCCUCUAUAAGGUGUUUUCUUUUCUAUUCUGACCACUUUAUUAGUUUGUAGUAAAUGUAAUUCUCACUCCUACGUUGCUUAAGUUCUGUUGCCUAUCACAGUGAUUUGGAUACACUUGUGUGAUGCACACCUAUAAAAUGCAA